AUGCACCUGCCCACCGCCUCCUUCCCCCGGUCCCGUGCCGACUGGAAGGCCGUCCUCAGCACCAGCGACGGCGAAGCAAAGUCCUCGCAAUGGAUCAACAAGGACUUGGCGCCAACACCGGCCGCCACCCGCACCUGGUCCUGGAUCUCCCUGACCAGCUACUGGUGGGGCAAUGCCUUCAACGCCAGCCAGUGGUCCAACGGCGCGUCCCUCGUCGCCGUCGGCCUCACCUGGUGGCAGGCCUUGAUUUCUUGCAUCCUGGCCAAUCUUGUAUCGUCGUCAGUCGCCCUCGCCUUGGGCCGGCCUGGUGCCCGCUACCACAUCGGUUACCCCGUCCUGGCCCGCAGCGUCUUUGGCAUGUACGGCCACCUGUUUUUUGUAUGGAUCCGCGCUGUCGUAGCCAUCAUCUGGUUUGGUGUCCAAAGCUACUUUGGGUCCCAGCUGCUGAGCGUCAUGCUGCGGUGCAUUUUUGGCGGCUCGUGGUGGGACCUGGCGAACCAUCUGCCAGAGAGUGCGGGCAUCACGUCCCGGGACAUCCUGGCGUUUUUCCUGUUCUGGAUGCUCGAGAUGCCCUUUCUCGCCGUUCACCCGUCCAAGAUUAAGUUUUUGUUUGCAGCCGAGUCUAUUCUGUGCCCCCUCGCCUGUAUCGGCGUCUUUGCCUGGUGUGUUCACUAUGGCGGUGGUCUCAAGAUUGAUAGCGUCUCUGCCGCCGUCCCCGUCACCGGCUCAGCACUCGGCUGGGCGAUGCUCAACGGCAUCAACAGCUGCCUCGGCGUCACCUCCGCCCUACUCGUCAACCAACCUGACCUUACUCGCUACACACGCCGCCCCAAGGACGCCGGGUGGCGUCAAGCGUUCUCCAUAUUUGCCAGCAAGACGCUCAUCUUUUUCUUUGGUAUCGGGGCCACUGCGGCCGUCCAGGGCCAGUUUGGCGAGGCGUACUGGAACCAGUGGGACCUGUUGAAUGCCAUUCUCGACCGCUUCUGGGGUCCCGCCGCGCGCGCGGGCUGCUUCUUUGCGUCGGCCGGUUUCACCCUGAGCGUGCUUGGCGUCAACAUUGGCUGCAAUGCCAUUCCAUUUGGUGCCGACGUCACCGGCUUGUUGCCACGCAUUUUUAAGAUUGUGCGCGGUCAGCUCUUCUGCGGCAUUAUCUCGCUCGCCAUUGUGCCGUGGAAACUACUCACCGACGGCGCCGGCUUCAUUACCUUUUUGGGCAGCUACAACAUUUUUAUUGCGCCCAUCUGCGGCAUCGUCAUUACGGACUACUACUUUGUCAAGCGCGGUAACAUUCACGUGCCCUCGCUCUUCCACCCGGCGUCAGGAUCGCUGUACUACUACACCAAGGGCUGGAAUCUGAAGGCAGUCAUCUGCUGGGUCUGUGCUGCCACGUUUGGUAUUCCCGGCCUCAUUGGAUCAUACCACCCGACGUGGGUUGGUGUGGCUGCCACCCACAUCUACGAGAUGGGCUGGAUCAUCACCUUCUUCUCGGCUGCCGCUUUCUAUUACGCUACAAAUGUAGCUCUUCCGGCUCAAGUGCAGCCCCGUGGCUACUCCGGGACCAUCAGCAGCAAGGAUUUUGAGUCGUACGCGGCGACAGACGGCUACUUGGACGGCGAUUCGCUAGUGGAGUUCCCUGUUGUUCUUGUUGGAUCUGGCGACAGUGCGGCGUCGCAAGACGUCGUAACGGAGAAAGUGUAG